UUGUAGAUUAAAUAUUUAUGCAUAUAGUGUGGGAGACUGAUAGCGAAUAGCAGAUGUUAAUUCACUCCUGUGAGGAAAAGCUGGCCCUGAGAACAGAUCAAUUACAAUGGAUGAAGAUCAAUAUUCAUAUCCUGAAGAAAAUAUUCCCCUGUCUUUACUACCCUGGUUCUGGAAAAAGAAAAGGAAUUCUGUGUCUCCUGCUGAUAAAAGUCAAAGCAAAACAGAAGCAUGGAUAGAAGGUGUUACUCCUUCAAGCUCUUGUGUUCCUGAUGUUUUAGUAAGAAGUGAUCCUGAACCUAAACCACAGGCCAUCAUUCACUCAUCUGCUCCUCUACCAGGCAGCAUUAUGAAUCUUUCAGAAGAGAUACAAGAAAAUCUUUCUUGUGGGAUUGAAACUGUUACGACUGAAGAAACACCUGAGCAGAAUGCGGAAGGAAAAUUUUGGCUGCACAAACUUGGAACGAGUAUAAACAAGUGGUCACAGCUGAAUUCCCUGAUUGAAUUGGGUGAAAACAGAGCUCUAGAAAAAGAUCAUCCAAACACAUCUGGAGUUUGUUCUGAUCUUGACCACAAAGUUACUGAGCUGGAGGAGGGUAAAACCAACGAAGAAUUGCCAUAUAUCCCAUACAAACUAGCUACAUUAUAUAUAACCAAGGUUGUAAAAGACAUGCAGGAAACGAAAUGCAAACAUAUGAAGAUAAUCAGACAACUGGAAAAUAUAAAAAAAGAAAACCAGGAGCAGACUACAAACACUGUAAAACUAUAUGGUGAUAAAAUGAGGAGUCUGAAAUCUCAAUUAGAAGCUUACCGAGAACUGAUGAACAAGAAUAGCAAAUACUGGCAAAAUAUCGCUAAGAGCCUGAGGGAAAGUAACAAUCAACUAAGCCAAGAGAAGGAAGAUCUUCUUCACCAAAUGAAACAACAAACAGAGAAAUGGGAAGAAAAAAAGGAAAUCCAAGUACCUUGUGGGCCACUAGGAGCCAGUGAAGAAGACACACAGGUCUGGAUUCUUGAAAAUCUGUCUAAAAAAAUCAGUCAUCUUUACACCCAGCAUACAUUGACUUUGCAGGAAUUUCACAGCAUCGGUCUAUAUGUGGGAAGAGUGUCAGACCUCGUGAAUUUCCAGAUCAAAAUUCUUCAGCAAAAAUCUGAAAAGGCCGAAGUAGAAAAAGCUGAUGUGCCCAUUUUAAAAUCAUUGGCAGAACAAGUAGCUAAUGAAGAGAAGUCUGACAGCUCAGUGGAAAUGGGGCCUCUUUGCCAAGCACAGACCAUGCUGCACAAGAUACAGAAGUCAUUACAGAAACAAGAAAGAGAAGUUUCUGAGCUCCUAGAAAGUGAAAGAAGAUAUAACAAAGCAACAAAUCCUCAAAUUACAGUCCUCGUAUUCUUGAAAAAUCUUGCUGAGAAGGUUCACACCAUAUACUGUGAUGUCCCUGAGGCACAACAGUACAUCGAUCAGCUUGUCAGGAAGAACGAGGUUGAAAGGGCUGAUUGGAAAGAAGCCUUUAAUAAUGCACAGGCUGACAUUUUGUCCAAUGAAGUAUUUUACGGAAGUGAACCUAUGGAUGGCAAAAGUGACAGGACACAGCUCUCAACGAAGCUUUUCAGAAAUCUUGGGAGAGCAAAGUCUGAAUUAGAAUCUGUUGAAACAGAGAAGAUAGUUUUUGAUUGUAUCCAGACAGGUGAAAUCCCCAGCUGGAUUAAAAGGGAUUGUCUGUAUGUAGCUUUGACAGAAGACCAUAAGGAUGCAUGCUCUGAGGAGACAAGUCACCAUCUAGAGGAAAUCAUGCAAAAGUUUGAAAUGGAAAUGAAGCAGGACAUGGGGAGACACCGUGGACUGCAGUUCUUCAAGACUGGGUCCAUGCACAGUGCUUUAGGAAGAAACCACUCCAGUGUAGAUUCCCUGUGGAUUCCUCACUGCAGCUCCUUACAAGGUAAACUGUGCCAGUGUGGUCUUUUUACCACAGACUGCAGCUCCUGAAUGCAUAUCCUGUGUGUCACCUCCACACUCUGCAGCUUCCUUCAGAUCAUACCUAUUUGCUGCUGUGUGAAUCUUCUAUAGGCAGCAGUGUGGAUAUAUGCUCCAGCAUGUCCUGAGUGAUCAGAGUUACAAAAAACAAAUAGAAAUCAUUGUUAGGACCAUUGUAUAUCUACAAUGUUAUUUAAUUUCAAACCUGAGAAACUGGAAUUUUGACCUUACAGUUUCUGCCUUUGAGAUCUAUUGUCAUCGUGUCUUCAUGAGUUCCCUCUUCAAGAAAAGCCUGUACUGGAUUGCACUCAUAACAAAAAAUGGUCAGGAGCAGGGAAGUAAUUAUUGGAGAUCUGGUCCAAAGCCCCUUGAAAUCUCUUAUCACAUACACUGUAUUCAGUGCAUCUGAACUGUUAUUUCACCAUGGUUUGUAGUGUUUCAAAGCAUUUUUAGUUACUUUUUGAAAUAACAAUAUUUACCAAGAACAAAAGAACAAUAACUGCCUAGUACUAGGCAUUUCACACUUGCCUCUUAGUCCAUUUCAUAGAAAAAUCAGAACAGUUCAGGGUUGAAGAGACCUCUGAGAUCAUCUAGCCCAACCAUUUACUCCAGGCAGGGUUAUCUUCAGCACGUUUCACAGUACAACUGCACAUAGCAGUUGGAUUUUGAAUAUCUCCAACAACAACAAAAAACUCUACAACAUGCAUCCAAGACCACACUGUAACCUGUAAUUUGGUGAAUAAAAUCCUUCGAAAUCAUCAUCAUAUUUAGUGCCUGUGAUUCUGCUCUUAGUCAACUCAGAAAUUUAACUUCAAGUCUGAUUUUGAAACAGUUGUCCGAUAUUCAAGUAUUCUUUACCCUGCAAAUAUUCACUAAAAGCAAGUACAGGAAAAAUGUUGUCAGUGUGUACUUAUACAGUGUUUUACACCAAAUAAAUCCUCAGAGGACUGUCUUAAGCAAGUCUUGGAAAGGCUUCUACAUUAAUCAGCCAUACAUAAUAACAGAAUAAGGACUCUUAAGUCUUGAAAUGUACCACACUGUAAAGUGAAAUAAGUGCAAAACACUGCAGCCUUUAGUGAUACAACACUCUUUCAAGGGCUCUACUGUUACUACUUAUAAAGGUGAAGAUCUCCUCAUGAUGAAAUACUGGUGAACAAAAUUAUAAGCCUAAACACAUCUUUAAAAGGUGUGCUGCUCUGAUGAACAAGUUGUGCUGGAAGUUUUGUUGAUAACCUGUUUUCUCCCUCUGUGUCAGUGAAUUCCAAGAUAAUGCAAUAUUUUGAAGCACUGUUACAAACAUUAGAGUACAAUCUCUAUUUAUGCAUACGUGUGAACUCUAAUAGAGAUAAUCUUAAAGGAGAGUCCACUACCAAAGAUAUGUGAGUUGAGGCUCAAAGCUCAUUGGCUUCCUUUUUUUUUUUUUUCAUCUGUCUCUCUUUAGAACAACUACAGUAUCUUGAAGCUUUUAUUCUCACUUUUCAUUGCACUGUUUUGCUUUAUUAGUUACUUUUUUUAAUACUUUGUGGAAUUCCAUCAGGGGUUCUUUUGGUAAAUUUAUGGAGUUUUGAUGUUUAGCUUUCUAAAGUGAGCUUCAUUUAAGAUAUACUCCCAUAUAACUCCAGAGAAACACAUACUUGUUUUGUUAAAUAUUGCUCAGGAUUUGCGCUGCAUAGGAAGGAAAUAAUUUGUCUAGAGAUAUCUCCUACAUCUUGGUUUUGUCCACAGCUGGGAAGGCAUGUCAGUAAUAAAACCUUGACUGCAAGGAAUACUCUCUAAUGAAGGUAAAGGUAAAAUUAGGAAUGGAUCCUUGAACAUUCCGUGGAUGUGUAUGCAGCCCACAUAUAGCAUGAAAUGUUACAUGUUCCACUGUGGCUGUCAGCACAGUGGAAAUGCCCACCAGCAAAAGGUCUUUCACAAGAAGAUUAGGGCUGUGAGCAAAUUUUGGAGCAUAAUUUUAUGUUAUACUGGCAACAUUUGAUUGUUGAUUUUGAUACAUCAGCAAUGACCACCAAUGUCCUCCUGCAGCAACACAUCUGUGCAUAAAGUCAUGAAAUUACACAUCUCUAUUUAAUGUCAUUUUUGCAAUGUGCAUCAGGAUCUAGGGUACAUACACAAAAUAAGAAAAAAAUAGAUGUAUUCAGACUCUGUGUGUGCGUGUGAAAUCUCUGUCCUAAUAGAAUUGCUUUCUUUUUCUCAAAAUGAGAAAAAAAACGACAAAGACUGAUCACUGUUCUUUUGUACACCACAAGGAGGUGCAAUUGGUCUUCUCUAAUAAAUAUUUGCCUUUUUCUUGUGAUUUUGGUUUUCUUUGUUGUUGGCUUGUUGUUUUUUGUUUUAUUUUGCUUUGCUUUGUUUUUUUUGGGGGGCAGUGUUCUUUCCACACUUUUAAUGCUUAUUAACAUUCCACAAAUGCUGAUGCUUUUCUUUGAAAUGUCCUUUUUGGCCUUAGACUGAAGGUAGUAAAAGUUCUUUCUCUUUUGAUCUUAGCUCUUAACUGUGACCUCUUCUUUGUGUAAUUACAUCUACUUUUUUUUCCUCAUCAGUGCUUCAGUUUUCUUGCUAAUCUCACAUCCCGCUCUUUGCUGGUAUACAUACAGAAAGAAAACUGGAUCACGAGGAAACCUCCACACUGUCUUGAGAUUUUUUGGCUUGCAGAUAGUGUGGAAAUCACGCUAAAUCAAAAUAGUUAUAGUAAAGAAUGAAGGUCAUGGGACAAUUCAGCACUGUAAGGGAAAUGCAAAGAACAUUUAUUGUUGUCAAUUUGUUGAAUGUAUCAAUAAAAAUUUGCAUUACUUUA